UUAGAUGUGACCCAGACUCAAUAUUGUGCAAAAAAAAAACAAAUUCAAGUUGAGUGAUUUCUUUUUGUGAUAAUGAUGUUAUGGGUUCAAUUAUACGCAAUCCUUCUCCUCGUCUUCACCACCCAUUCAUAUGUUAUUAAGAAUGACGAACAAUUUAUCGAAAAUCCAUUUUAUCACUCGCAAGAAAAUCUGGAAGACCUUUUCUCACGCUUGCAGAAAACUUUCCCCGAAUAUGCCAAAGUUCAUACCAUUGGACAUUCGCUAGAAGGAAGGAAUUUAAUGGUUCUGCAAAUAGGAAAGAAUGUACGUCAUCGCAAUCUUCUUACACCAAUGGUUAAAUAUAUCGGCAAUAUGCAUGGUGACGAGGCAGUCAGUAGAGAAAUGUUGAUUUAUCUGGCACAAUAUUUACUCUAUAACUACGAGAAAAGUGAUGAAAUUUCAAAGCUUAUCAAUAGUACUGACAUUUAUAUAAUGCCUACAAUGAACCCAGAUGGAUUUGCCAGAUCUCAGGAAGGAAGUUGUGAUUCACUUCGCAAUUAUGUUGGACGGCACAAUGCUGCUGGCAUGGAUCUAAACAGAGAUUUCCCGGAUCGCCUAGAAGAUGAACGUACAAUUCAAAUAAAAGCAUCUCAAAGACAGCCAGAAACAUCAGCUAUGAUUGAAUGGUUGGUAAACAAUCCAUUUGUUUUGUCUGCGAAUUUUCAUGGAGGUGCUGUAGUGGCUAGUUAUCCGUAUGAUAACUCUUUGAACCAUCACGAAUGCUGUGAAGAAAGUCUUACCCCAGAUGAUUUAGUUUUUAAAACACUUGCUCAUGCGUAUUCGGAUAAUCAUCCAGUUAUGAGGACAGGAAAAGAGUGCAAUGAAACAUUUACCAAUGGUGUUACAAAUGGCGCAUUCUGGUAUGAAUUGAAUGGUGGUAUGCAAGAUUUCAACUAUGCAUUUACCAACUGCUUCGAGCUAACAGUUGAGCUUUCAUGUUGCAAGUACCCUUUGGCAUCAACACUGCCAAAUGAAUGGCAUAAAAACAAGCAAAGCCUUAUAAGUCUCCUAAAGAUGGUACAUAUGGGAGUUAAAGGAUUGGUUAAAGAUAUAAAUGGUUAUCCUAUAAACGAUGCUAAAAUCGUUGUUCAAGGUAUUGAAGACAAAAUGAUUCGCACCACAAAGCGUGGGGAGUACUGGCGACUCCUUACACCUGGAACAUAUAAAAUUCAAGCCGUAGCUUUUGGAUAUGAGGCAAGCCCACUGAUCAAAGUUGAAAUUCUAAACAAAGAAGAACCUGUUCGUGUAGAUUUUAACUUGAAACCUGCGGGUGCACUUAAUGAUGACUCAUUCCGAAAGAUCAAGGUGGAAAGAUCAGAUAAAAACUCACAUGGUUUUUCAACAACAACUAAAUUCGUGCACCACAACUAUACGCAAAUGGAAAAAUUUAUUCGGGAUUUAAGUAGAUCCUAUCCAUCAAUAACAAGAUUAUACACAAUCGGAAAAAGUGUUCAAGGACGAGAUUUGUGGGUAAUGGAAAUUUUCGCAAAGCCCGGAGAGCAUAUCCCUGGUGUUCCAGAAUUCAAAUACGUAGCCAAUAUGCAUGGGAAUGAAGUGGUUGGACGAGAAAUGCUACUUUAUCUUGCUAAAUAUUUGUGUGAGCAUUAUUUGCAAGAUGAAAGAAUAACAAAAAUUGUAAAUAGUACCCGUUUACAUUUUCUGUUCAGUAUGAAUCCGGAUGGCUACGAAAUAGCCAAAGCAGGUGAUAAGAUAAGCGCUGUUGGCCGAGCGAAUAUUCAUGAUGUCGACUUAAAUAGAAACUUUCCUGAUCAGUAUGGUACUGAUACUUUUAAUCAAAAACAGGAGCCAGAAGUAAAAGCGGUCAUGAAUUGGACACUUUCAUUACCAUUUGUAUUAUCGGCAAAUCUUCAUGGCGGCUCUCUCGUUGCUAACUAUCCAUUCGAUGAUAAUUCUUAUGAUUUUCAAGAUCAAAUCAAUAAAUUAAGGAUUGGAAUGGCAGGCCGAAAGGCAAAUCCCACCGAUGACAACAAGCUGUUUCAACAUUUGGCUAAAGUUUAUUCCCAUGCACAUCCAACAAUGCACUUGGGCAAACCAUGUCCACUUUUUAAAAGUGAAAUUUUUCCAGAUGGCAUUACAAAUGGCGCCCAAUGGUAUAGCGUGACCGGAGGAAUGCAGGAUUGGAAUUAUGUUCACGCUGGUGUGCUUGAAAUAACUCUCGAAUUGGGUUGUGACAAAUUUCCAAUGGAAUCAGAACUACCAAAGUAUUGGGAAGACAAUCGAGAACCACUACUUCAGUUUAUCGAACAAGUUCAAUGUGCAGUGCAUGGGUAUAUACGAAGUUCAAUAGGUACUCCAAUUUCAGGAGCUAUAAUAUCACUUGAUAAUGCAAGUCACACUUCAUACAGUGCGUUACAAGGUGACUAUUGGAAGUUGGUCACGCGAGGAAAACACAACUUUACUAUCAUAGCUGAUGGUUUUGAAAUACACCACCAAGAAUUUAAUAUUCCGGAUGAUGGACCCUGUGGAUUACAGCUUGAUAUAGCUCUGAUGCGAGAUGACCCUCAACAUUGGGCUUCAGCUCAUGAUUUUAGAAUCAUAGAAAAUGUUGUUCACACUCGGUAUCAUACCAAUCGAGAAAUAAAAAGACAAAUGGCAGAGUUAGAAAGCAAAAAUGUUGGCAUUGUAAGCGUGGAGCAUUCCGAGUAUGAUUUUCAAUCCCUUAAAAUUAGCAAUGAGAUCGGUUCACCAGAAGAAACAAAAUAUAAGAUCCUUAUUAUAAGUUCUUUAUUCGAUGCAACUUCACCUAUGGGCAGAGAAAUGGUGUUAAAUUUGGGAAGACAUUUAGUUGAAGGAUUUCGCAUCCAAGAACCACCGAUUUUAAAGAUCUUAAAUAACAGCGUUGUUCAUUUACUGCCAAUUAUGGAAAAUUUCGAAGAAACUUUUACUAUUUUUCAAAACAACAAAACUGUAUGCGACCCUGUCAUAGGUCAUGAACUAGCAGAGAGAAUUCUCGACCCAGAAUCAGAAAAACGAAGGGAUGCAUUCCUUCAAAUGCUAGCAAGAGAGCAAUUUGAUUUAAUUUUGUCCUUUACGGCAGGAAAUUAUGAGUUAAUGUACCCACAACAGCCGCUGUAUGAAAACGUUGCAAGAGUGAUAGAAAAAACGGAAAUACCUUACUUGCGACCAGAAUGCCCGUUAACAUCAACACGUACAGCUCAAGAAGAAUACACCCAACGAAUAACGAAUCUUUUCUAUAAAAUGUAUAAUGUACCAUUAUUAAGUCUUGGCAUUUCAUGCUGUCGAAUGCCCACCCAAGAUCAACUGGCAUCUGUGUGGAGGGAAAAUAUUGAGAGAAUAAUGAAUUUUAUGCAUUUAAUUGAUGUUGGUAUAAAAGCACGUGUUCAAUCAGAGAGAGGUGAACCUUUGCGUAAUGCCUUCGUUAAAAUAAAAGAAUCUGACAAAAUCUAUAACGUUAGCAAAAACCUUGCUCAAAUUAAGAUAAUACUUGCUCCAAGUGAAUAUGAUCUAGAAAUCUAUUGCGAGGGCUAUGACACAAAAACGCUUCGUGUGAACGUUGUUAAAGAUCAGUUAGUUGACCUUGAGGUAGUAUCACUAAGCCCAAAUAACAUGGUUGGAGGCAAAGCCGAAGUGAGUGAACUAAAUAUGGACAGACUCGGUAGCAUUUCCGGAUUUGUGUUGGAUUUAGACAAUCGCCCAAUAAAGCAUGCCAAAAUUUAUACAAAAAUUAACAAUAAAGCAUCAUAUACAAAUUUCACUAACAGCGAAGGAGAGUACAGUCUGCGCAACGUUCCAUUAGGUAGUUUUAAAGUUGAUGUUGUGGCGCCUGGCCAUUUCUCUUAUUCACAAAUCGUACCAGUAAGGGAGAAAAAUAACAUCACAGUUUUCCGUUUGAAAAAAGAUGAACGCGUUAUGGGUAUACCACGCUUAAUAUUUGUCUCAAUAGCUGGAUUGGUGCUGAUAUUUGCCGUGAUCGCUUGUUCGUUUCUAAUUCAAUGCAUGCAUUCGAGAAAGAAUCGUGUUAAAAGGUACUACAAUUUCUCACUUCUUCCGCAAAACGCGAAGGAACUAUUUGAAGAUGACGACGACGCUGAAACUGAACUCUUCCGCUCUCCAGUGAAAAAAAAUAUGACUUUGAAACCAUAUUAUGAUGAAGAUUUGCCAGUUUUUAAUAGCGAUGAUGAAGAAAACAGCUGUGAAGACGAAGAGGAUAUUGUAAUACUGAACCAAAAUAGCAAGAAUUUUGAAAGAUGAUUAAAUUUCUUAUUAAUUAUUUCACUGAGUGCACAAUAAUUUGUUGAUCUUAUUUUAAAAUGUUAAGUCUUAAAUUAAAAUAAUCUCAUUUAUCUAUACAAUAAAAUAAUUUAUACAUAAUUUG